AUGAAGUCGUUUAGCGCUGUGACUACUGGUGCGCUUGCGCUGCUUGCGUUGCAGGCCACCUCGACUGUGGCUGCGAAGGAACGCCCCGUGUUUGUCCCAAGCGAGGUGGAAGGCUACUUUGUUGAGCAGUUCACACCUGGCUGGGAAGAGCGUUGGGCUACGUCGAAGGCCAGCAAGCUCCAACGCGGUACGGAGGAGUUCAAGUACGAUGGUGUGUGGUCCGUCGAGGAGGCGACCGUGUUCCCUGGUCUCAAGGGCGACAAGGGUCUGACAAUGAAGAGCAAGGCGAAGCAGCAUGCUAUUAGCUCGCUGUUUGAUAAGCCGAUCAAGCUCGACGGCAAGGAGCCGUUCGUGCUGCAGUACGAGGUCAAGAUGCAGAACGGUCUCUCGUGUGGUGGUGCGUAUGUUAAGCUGUUGAGCGCCGACGAGGGUCAGCUGAGCACGGAGGAGUUUGGCGACACGACGCCCUACUCGAUCAUGUUUGGCCCUGACCGUUGCGGUCCGGACAACAAGCUCCACUUCAUCUUCCGCCACGAGAACCCGAAGACGGGUGAGUACGAAGAGAAGCAUCUCAAGGUGCCGCCGCACGCGAAGGUGUCGAAGGUCUCGUCGCUGUACACGCUCAUCGUGAACCCGGACAACUCGUUCGACAUCCAGGUCAACCAGGAGUCAGUGCUGCAGGGCAAUCUGCUGGAGGACUUCCUGCCACCUGUGAACCCGCCGAAAGAGAUUGACGACCCGACCGACUCGAAGCCUGCAAACUGGGUGGACGAGGCGGAGAUUCCUGACCCGAAGGCCAAGAAGCCGGCCGACUGGGACGAGAAUGCGCCGCGUACGAUCAGCGACCCGAACGCGAAGAAGCCUGUAGACUGGCUGGAGGAUGAACCGCUCAUGGUUUCGGACCCUGAGGCCGUGAAGCCGGAGGAGUGGGACGACGAAGAGGAUGGUGAGUGGAUUGCGCCGCUGGUGCCGAACCCGAAGUGUGACGACGCCUCGGGCUGUGGUCCCUGGACGGCCCCGAUCAUCCCCAACCCCGAGUACAAGGGCAAGUGGUCGGCGCCGAUGAUCCCGAACCCGAAGUACAAGGGUCCGUGGUCGCCGCGCAAGAUCCCGAACAAGAACUACUUUGAGGACAAGCACCCGAACAAGUUUGCGACGAUUGGCGGUGUUGGUUUCGAGCUGUGGACGAUGGACGACGACAUCAUGUUCGACAACAUCUACAUUGGCAACAGCCCCGAGGAGGCUGCGAAGUUUGCCGCGGAGACCUUCCUGCUGAAGCUGCCUGUGGAGCAGAACCGUGAGGAGGCGGAGGCGUCGAAGGACUCGGAGUUUGAUAUCGGCCACAACUCUGUGUCGCCUGUGCUGCAGCGUGUCGCGAACAAGAUCCGUCACCGCACGUCAGUGUUGAUCUCGCGUCUGCAGACUGAGCAGGACAAGAUGCGUGUGCUGCGCACAUCGAAGGACAUUCUGGGCUUCUACGCCGCGGCUGUCGCCGUCCUGCUGGGUCUUGUGGGCCUUCUCGCCUCGCUGGUCGGUGGCGGUGCCACCAAGGCGCCAGUGGCUGCUUCGAAGAAGACGGACAAGCCCGCUGCUACCACCACUACGGAGACGGCUGGCAAGUCCACCGCCGUUGAGGCCACCGAGUCGCUCACGAAGCGCACCACCGAUGCUCAAUCGAGGAUGCAGACGUGGUCACUAGGGCUUGUGCUGGCCACCUAUGCCCUACUGGCCUGUGUGCAUGCAUACACGCCAGCCAAGCGCACGUACGACACACAUCAUUACUACGUCGCAGAGCUAGCGCCGCCGCGUGGCGAUGACCGUGAAUGUGGCCAGCAUGUGUCGCCUGCGCACGUAGCUCAGGCACUCGGUGCCGAGAUGGUGGAGCAGGUAGGCGAGCUCCAACACCACUAUCUCCUUCGCGCUGAGAAACUCGAUGCAUUAGCGCGACGAGACGUGAUGGGGGAAGUCGACGAGACGUUGGAUCCGGUGCUGCAGCGCUGGGCUGCAUGGCAGAUUUCGCCACCUGCGAAGCGGUGCGACGCCAUGGAUCCAGACUGCGUGCCGGCAGGGUGCAUCGCAAGCCGGGUUCGCUCACUGGAGCGACAAAAAGUCCGCUGGCGUCAUAAACGAAACGUCAUCUACGAUCCUACAAAGAUGCCCGACGUAUACCCCAUCAUCCUCCCUCCGAUUCCUGCCACAGAGCGCUGGAUGGCUGAAGCUCGUGCACCGAUUCCCUUGCGCAGAAAUCUAACCAAGCAGUUUGCCGAGCAAUACCACAUUAACGACCCCUUGUUCUACAAGCAAUGGCACCUCGUCAACAACGAUGUGCCGGGCCACGAUCUACACCUGGAGGGUGCGUGGCGCAAUGCGUCAGGGCAUGGGAUCACCGUGUCCCUUAUUGAUGACGGUAUUGAAUCGACACACCCUGAUCUCGCUGAUGCGUUCAACGCCGAAGCGUCGUACGAUUUCAACGAUCAUACAAAACUCCCUGAGCCGCGGCUCGUAGAAGACAUGCAUGGCACACGCUGUGCGGGUGAGAUUGCAGCAGCGAAGAACGAGUACUGCGGCGUAGGCGUGGCGCCCGGGGCCAAAGUCGCUGGCGUACGCAUCUUGUCAGCGCCCAUCAGUGAUGCCGACGAGGCCGCCGCGUUAAACUAUGGCUACCAGGACAGCUCUAUCUACAGCUGUUCCUGGGGCCCUUCGGACAAUGGACAAAGCAUGGAUGCACCUAAUGGACUCGUCGCCAAAGCGAUGCUCAACGGCAUUUACAAUGGCCGGAAUGGACGUGGGAGUCUGUUUGUGUUUGCCGGUGGCAAUGGCGGUGCUUCGGAUGACCAAUGCAAUUUCGACGGGUAUACCAAUUCGAUCUAUACCAUUACUAUUGCGGCGGUCGAUAGCCAGGGCCAUCGACCGUACUAUUCAGAAAUGUGCAGUGCGAUCAUUGCCAGCAGCUGGAGCUCAGGGAGGGGCGAUAUGAUCUACACGACCAACGUCCGCCGCUUCAACCGCACUUGCACAUCCUCGCAUGGCGGCACAAGCGCCGCUGCGCCGCUGGUCGCUGGCAUGCUUGCGCUUGCGCUGGAAGUGCGGCCGGACUUGACAUGGCGCGAUGCGCAGCAUUUGAUCAUUAAGUCGACCAUUGUCAACAAUCCCAAGGACCCGGAUUGGCAGCGUACGGCCGCUGGAUUGCUCUACAGCCACAAGUUUGGGUUUGGUGUGGUGGACGCGACCAAGCUCGUGGAACAUGCACGAAAUCAUACGCUGGUAGCGCCGCAAACCUGGCUCGAGACGCCCAUGUCGAACGUGUCGGCCUCGCUGACGUACGGCGUCUCACGUAACGCAUCGCUGGAGAUUACGCGAGCGAUGGUCGAGCAAGCGAAUCUGGCCUCGCUCGAGCAUGUGACGGCCACCGUAUGGAUCGAGCAUGAACGCCGUGGCGAUAUCCAAGUGGUACUGUACGGUCCACAUGGGACGAAGAGUGUGCUGGCGAGUCCACGUAGGUACGAUGGCGCGAAUACGGGGUUCCCAGGGUGGACGUUUAUGACGCUCAAGCACUGGAAUGAGGAUCCAGUAGGCACAUGGACGUUGGAAGUCACGGAUCACGGCGCGAAUCCCAACGACGAGACGGAGGCAGAUGGCACGCCCAUCCCACUGCCUUCUCGUGGCAACUUUACGGCGUGGUCGUUGUCGUUCUGGGGCGCAGCGAAAGACGCCAGUUUGGCGCGGCCAUGGAACUUCCCCACGGACUCGGAAGAGUAUACCAUGGUCCUCCCGGGUGCACCCAGUACCACCAUCCUCGGCGCAGGACCGUCGCAAGGCAUGGCGACCGGUGCGCCAGCCUCGACAUCGCGCAAGCUGGUCAAGCCGACGCAUGCUCUGCCGAGCGAUCAUCACCAAGACCCUGGCGAGGCAAGUCACGUCUUUGGCCAGCCGAUGGCUACUGCAACACGCCCAGCCGAUACCGCGUACUUGUCAGGUCUCGUACAUACCUCGUCCACGACUUGGUUCAUUGUUGCAGCGGUGCUGUGCUUAAGUGUCGGAGGCGGCCUUCUGUUGUACUUUGGCCUGCGCCGCUGGGGGGUCUUGUCUUCGAGCGCGUCGCGUGGCGCUUAUGCGCACGUGCCAGACGAUGAUGAGAUUGCGAUGGGCUGGCUGCGUCAUGACAGUGCGCCUGCUUCGCAAGUGCAGGCGCAUGACCUGUACAAUGCGUUUGCGUUAGCAGACGAGGACCUGGACGAGGAGGAUCGAGAACACGAUGAAGACGAUGGCCAGACUAUCAAGCCGACGUCGCCCACGCCCUCGUCACGUACAUUUACACCCAGGGCAUCGGUAUCAUGA